UCCUCAAAGGAGAUGAACGUUAGACUAACAGAUCAACUCAACAGAAACGUCGCAGAAAUUAUAGCUUCAACAAUGCGAAAAUUAGACAGAUUAUGUCAACACCUUUCGCUUAGUUUUUUGUUGCGCGUUUGACGAAAGGAAGUAGGCUCGUCAAUUUCUUUUGGAGUUGUCAAGAUAUUUCAUUCGCUACAUUUACAGUAGCCUAAUAUUACAGACGGCCUACAUGUAUCGCAAAAUUGGACCACAUGUUGCUCCCCUGUUGAAUUUCAUUCGCUAAUUAAUAUCAGCGUUGAAGACGUCAAUAAAUUAGAAAACUGUUCUCAAAUUAAUGUGUCAAAUAGUAACCACGGAGAUGGACAGAUAGAAUCUGGACCUCAAAUAGAGACAGGCGGAUUGGAAAGACGCGUUUCGACAGUGACGGUGGAUGGGCUAAUCCCUCGCGAGGCUUCGUCACCACUCCGGCCGGUGCGGCCCAUGGACCUGCGUACCCAGGGGCUGGUGCGACCCGGGCCGGACUCAGCCAUGCUGGCCCCCCACCUCCCCCCAUUCCUGGGGGCCUUCUCAGCCCAGCACUGUGCCAAGUACUCCCAGCAGCUCCUGCCACAGCACAUCCAGUACGAAUUUGACAGGGAGCAGAGUCGGCAGGAGAAAGAGCAGGAGAAGAGACAGGAGCUGCAGCAGCUGAUGCACAAGGAUAAGAGCGAGCAGAGUGCUGUGGCCAGUCCCCUGGUGAAACAGAAACUCAGAAGCCAAAUCCUGAAGAGGAAGGAGCAGGCCGCCCUGGAGAGGACCGCCUCCAACCUCUUCAGCAGCACCACGCCCAGGGGUUACAGGGAAUUGGCCCCAGAUCCUGACAUGACCCCAAAGCCUCGCAUGGUGACCCCUGAUGUCCAUCAUCCACUAUGUGACCAACGCAAGGACAUGCCCCUCAGAAGAACAGCCUCGGAGCCCAUCCUGAAGGUGAAGAGUAAACUGAAGAAGCACAUCAACUCCAGACAGAACCCUCUCCAACGCAAAACCAGUGCUCCCCCUACUGUCAAGCACAGAACGCCGGACACUCAGGACUAUUCCCCCAGCAGCAGUAGCACUCCAGUGUCGGGGUGCAGCUCGCCCAAUGACAGCCUCCUCUCGGAUAGCCCACUUACUACCGGACUGGCCCACGAGGCUCAGAGGUUGCUGCUCCAGGAUGGCACACUGGCCCACUUCUCCUUGCCCUGCUCCACCGCCCUGCCCACCAACAGCGCCAGGCUGCCCGCCCAGGGUGACAGGGAGUCGGGUAGCCACCAGAGAGUGGCCAGGGUACUGCCCCAGGUCUACCUGCCCAUGGAGGGCCUCAGUGCUGCCCAGCUGGCUCACCAACACCUCCAGCCCCUGCUCAUCCUGGAGCCCUCAGUGCUGCUGCACACACAGCUAGUCACUGUGCGAGGCCUGAGCCCUGGCCCGCUCCAGUACCCCUCCUCCAGACUGGAAUGCCUGGCUCCCCCGGGCCCCCACAGAACCCUGGGUCGGACCCGCUCUGAGCCCCCCCUGCACUCUCACCAGCACCAGCACCAGUUAAUGCAGCAGUACCACAACGCACUGCUGCUGGAGAGACUCAAACAGAACACACACCUGGGCAAGCUCAUGACCAAGUCCAGUGAGAAGUCUCGUGUCACACAGAUCCCCUCGAAGGACAUGGACCCGGCGGAGACCGGGCCUGGGGACGGCUACCAGAGGAGGAGACAGAGUGGGACCAGUAGCACUGAGUCAAUGUGGGACACAGAGUCCACCUCCUCAGGCGAUUACCUAGGAGAUCACACCAUGGAACACACACCUCUGAUGAAUCAGUCAUUUCGUUGGGAGCAGCCCAGGCACCUCCAGGUCCUGACAGACAGGUGUAGACAAGCGACCCACCUGGACCCCCUGGGUGUGCCCGUGGUUCUGGGCCCUGCCCACCGCCCCCUCGGUCGCGCCCAGUCCUCCCCCGCCUCCACCUCUCUACCCCCUCCUCCACGGCCCACGGACACUCCACAGUCUCUGGCCGGCCCUGGUCCGGAGACCACCGCCAAGCUACGCUUCACCACUGGUCUGGUGUAUGACUCUCAGAUGCUGAAGCACCAGUGCACCUGUGGCGACAACAGCCGACACCCCGAGCAUGCUGGAAGAAUCCAAAGCAUCUGGUCCAGACUUCAGGAGAGAGGCCUCAGGAACCAGUGUGAGUGUAUCCGGAGCAGAAAGGCAACUCUGGAGGAGCUUCAGUCCGUCCACUCUGAGAAACACGUCCUGCUGUACGGCACCAACCCACUCAACCGCCUCAAACUGGACAACCGCAAGCUGGCUGGAAUCUUAUCUCAAAGGAUGUUUGUGAUGCUACCAUGUGGAGGAGUUGGAGUGGACAACGAUACGAUCUGGAAUGAGACACACACGUCGACGGCGUCUCGCUUGGCGGCAGGCAGCGUGACGGAACUGGCGCUCAGGGUAGCACAGGGAGAGCUGAAGAAUGGCUUUGCAGUGGUGAGGCCCCCUGGACACCAUGCAGCCCGCUCUACCCCCUUGGGUUUCUGCUUCUUCAACUCCGUGGCCAUCGCAGCCAAGCAGCUCCAGCACAAACUCAGCAUCAGCAAGAUCCUCAUUGUGGACUGGGAUGUUCACCAUGGCAACGGUACCCAGUCAGUGUUCUACAACGACUCCAGCGUGCUGUACAUCUCCCUGCAUCGCUAUGACAAUGGCAACUUCUUCCCCGGUAGCGGUAACCCAGCCGAGGUUGGAGCAGGAGCAGGUGAGGGCUUCAAUGUCAAUGUGGCGUGGACAGGAGGCUUGGACCCUCCCAUGGGCGACGCUGAAUACCUGGCAGCAUUCCGGACUGUGGUGAUGCCGAUUGCCCACGAGUUCUCUCCUGACAUGGUGCUGGUCUCAUCUGGUUUCGAUGCCGUCAAGGGACAUCCGGCGCCGCUGGGGGGCUACAAAGUGUCGGCCAAGUGUUUUGGCUUCUUGACACAUCAGCUGAUGGGGCUGGCGGGGGGCCGGGUUGUCAUGGCCCUGGAGGGGGGUCACGACCUCACAGCCAUCUGCGAUGCGUCGGAGGCCUGCGUCCGCAUCCUGCUGGGCACUCAGGUGGAGCCCCUGUCUCAAGCUGUUCUGGAGAGGAGACCCUGUCGCAACGCUGUCCUCUCUCUACAGCGAGUCAUACAGGCCCAGGGUGAGUACUGGCGGUCGUUGAAGGCAGUGGCCCACACAGUGGAUCAGUCCUACCUGCAAGCCCAGGGACAGAGUCUGAGACGGAACUCAGAGGACCACAACAACACAGUGUCCGCCAUGGCCUCUCUCUCCAUGGCUAGCCUCACCACAGACAGGACACACAGAGAUGAACUCAUGGAGGGGGACUGUGACUCCAUGUAGACAAGUGCACUUUCUAAUAAACCUAUCACACAGACAAACACACUGUCAUCCACUGUCAUCCACUCGGCGCUGCUUCACUUGACCAGAAUCCACUGCCUCCAGUUGUCACUAUACGGACCACAUUCUGACCUCAAUAGUCAAACUGACUAGUGUACGCCUCACACACUCCUACACCUCAUCGGAACACAGUACUACUGGCCUUACUAAGACCACUCGCCUGCUUCGACCGCAACUUAACCACACACUGAGAAGACAUCCCAUUAACAGGGUGAAGGAGGACCAAGAGGAAGGACAAUGAACACUUGUGUUCUUGACAUGCCACUCCGUGCCUUUCCGGGUGUGUUACUUCUCCAUUACCAUGUAACAUUGCGAAUUGUGAGGACACAGAAGGAGAGGAGCACCAGACCUGAGCAGAAACUGGAAGGGUGAAAUAUACACCCUUACUCCAAACCGCUUUCAAACACCACUGGGGAGGUUACGACUUGACUUGUAUCAUGAAGUGACUUGACAAAGACCAGCUAGACAGCUGGCUGUAAACAGAGUCUCUCUGGGGAAGAGGACAACUUUUUGUUGCCUUGGUCACAGGUUACCGCGGAGCAUCGCCAGGCCGAAUCACAAAAGGAAGUAGGAAGUUGUCCCACGUCCCCACAGGAAGUCACUAUGAAGGAAAACAGACAUUGGACACUCACCAGGGGACACCUAAAACGCAUCUUGUUCCGAUGAUGUCAUUCGUAUUUAUGCGUCGCCAACAAAAUGAA